UGCAAUAGCUUCUUUCUUCAUAAAUUUGAUUGGAUUUUUCCGUUUUCACACCGGACAUGGAAUUGUUGAACAGAACGAUGUUUUUCGACAAGCUCUGUCGAAUGUGGCGUGGACUGACAAGCCAGGAUGGUUGAGGAGCGCUCUGCUUAUAAUGAUGGCGCGUGCAAACACUGACACCGCCAUCAAGCCUUACGACCUAUUCAUCCUAGACCACAAGUCAUUCAAGAAUGUUGAAAUGGAGUGCACACGUGCUUUAAGGAAGUAUGUUGAAUUAAUAGCCUAUGACAGACCACACAACUCAAUCCCAUUUUUCUUCAUCAUAACAGUUGGCAUUCUAGAAUUCGUCAACAACUGUAUGGUCAUCCUAACAGAACGAGAGAACAAAGAAAAAUUUCUAAUGGGCAUCAAAGAUUUAUUUAUGAUAUCCGCCGCAUUCUCCAUAAUCAUGGAAACCAGUUUCAACUCACAAAAAGCUCACAAGUUGCUGGAUUUGAUUGAAAUGGAAUGUUUGGUGAGCCGGUAUAGAUUUGUUGGGCUUGGGCAGAAAUUUGCGAAGAUUGAGGAGCGUUAUAAUGAGAAGAAGGCGGCCAUGGAAAGAAUGUACAAUAAUAUAUUUUAUGUGGUUGUGGUUGUUUAUUUUGGAGCGAUCAACCGUCACUUGUUGAGCUCGUUGUUCGAAGGAAGCUCUGAGUUGGGCAAAACACGUGAUUGGCCAACACCAUUCGUGUACUGGUGUCCUGCUGGGUACAAUACCUUCACAUUUUUCCUAUUCAUGUACACAUUUCAAAGCCUGAUGCUUCUGUUGUGUACAAUAUCGGGUGGGAGCGUUGAGAUUAUAGUUUUCCUUGCAACUGAGAAAGUUUUGGCUGACUUCGAAACUAUCGUACUGCUUUUGGAUAAAAUAACAACAGAAUUUCCUGACUUUGAUUUUGGAGAGGCAUCAGGAUCACCACAAACAAAACAGAUGAACACUUUGUUGACAAUGAACGAAGAGUUGAAGAGAGAUAUGUCUAUAAUUGUGCAAUGUCAUCAGGCUCUCAACAGGAACUUCAAAGACUGUGCGGAAAUUCCCGCCUUUGGCAUACUUAUGAACACAUUCAUAAUUAGCCUUGACACAAUCUUCAAUGUGUAUCUCAUGUUGAAGGCACAGGACUUGAUUACGUCAAUUAAUUACGCUGCAGCAUCCUUUUUCAUAAACCUGAUUGGAUUUUUUCGUUUCCACACAGGACAUGGAAUUGUUGACCAGAAUGACGUAUUCCGGCAAUCUGUUGCGAAUCUGCCAUGGACCAAUAAGCCUGCCUGGUUCAAGCAGAUGCUCAUCAUCAUGAUGGGCCGCGCCAACAUAGACACUGAGAUAAAGCCCUACAAUAUAUUCGUUUUGAACCACAAAACAUUCAAAAAUAUUAUGACUUCUGUAUUCACCUACGCGAAUUUCUUCUACACAAGACAUUCAAUGAGUUGAAUAAAAAUAUCACAGAUAACAAAGAUAAUUAUUCAGAUCCUAUUAUACUAUAUUGUCUGUUGGGAAAAUGUGUCUUGAAUUGGAAUAUUAUAUCAAGUUAUAAUACAUUAUUGAUAGAAUGAGUUGAAUAAAAAACUGUAUUGUAGUUUUAUUUUUGUCACACCUACAUUUAUUAGAUUUGUACACAGGACUGCAGUUCCGUGUCGAAGCACUACAGAUGAAGAUGUGUUGGUUUCAACACCAAACUGCAGUUCUGUGUACAAAUCUAAUAAAUCAAAUCGAAUAAUAAUAAUUGUGGACUAUUUAAAUAAUAAAUGUGGAUGUGACAAAAAAACCGUGUUUUUUUCAAUCGU